AUGAAUUCUAUUCGCUUUGUACUUUCACUUGUAGCUUCACAGGGUUCGACAAUUUUUCAGAUAGAUGUGAAGAGUGCCUUCUUGCAUGGAGACCUUCUUGAAGUGAUCUAUAUGGAGCAUCCUCAGGGAUUUACAGAAAAUGCAUUGAGCUUUGAGAAGGCUGAAGUAGCAGCAAAAAGUGAUAUCAGUUUGAAAGAAGAUUAUGUGGACUGGAAAGGAAGGCCUGCUGUGAAAGGCAAGCAUGGCGGAGUUCGCGCAACUCUUUUCAUAUAUGUUGCGGAGGCUUUGGAGAACAUGGCGUUCCUGGGGAACGGUGUGAAUCUGGUGACAUAUCUUCACUUUUUCAUGUACUACGAAAUGAAGGAUGCGGCCAAUAUGCUCACAAAUUACAUGGGGACGGCGUUCUUACUUGCAUUAUUUGGAGCAUUUAUUUCUGAUUCAUUUAUUACCAGAUUCUACACCAACAUUAUUUUUGCGUUUAUAGAAGUGAUUGGUUACACUUUGCUGACUGUGCAAGCUCACAAGCCCUCCUUGCAACCUCCUUUCUGUGACUUGAAAUCGAAUCCUGCUGCGAUUUGUCAAGCUGUUGAAGGUAAAAAUAGUGUAGUGUUGUACAUGGGGUUGUACUUGGUUGCCCUAGGAACAGGCGGGUUGAAGGCCACUCUUCCAACAAUGGGUGCGGAGCAAUUUGAUGAGAUGGAUCCCAAAGAGAGCAAGUUAAUCUCUAGCUUUUUUAAUUGGUUCUUUUUUAGUAUCAUUGCGGGAGCAAGCAUAGGAGUGACCUUCCUAGUGUGGGUUCAAACUAGUACCAACCCUAAAUUGGGAUGGGAUUGGGCUUUUGGUGUUUCUUCGGGAGUCUACAUUCUUGUCAUCAUUGUCCUGCUUUCUGGUGUAACCAAGUAUCGUAACCAAGUGCCUCGUGGUAGCCCACUCACAAGCAUUGUGCAGGUUAUUGUGGUCGCAAACCGUAAGAGAAAUCUUCCUCUUCCAACUGAUGCAGCAGAGUUGUAUGAAUUGAAUGCCAAAGAAGCGGAUGCAAAAAAUGAGCUCCUCCAAAACACACAACAAUUUAGAUUUCUUGACAAAGCAGCCAUAUUGGGUGAAGGUGAAAUGGACGGCAUAGAAGGAACAAGUCUGAGUCCAUGGCAGGUGUGCACUGUGACACAAGUGGAACAAGUGAAAAUCCUUAUUCGAAUGGUUCCCAUAUUUUGCAGCACAAUAAUGGUGAGCACUUGUCUUGCUCAGUUACAAACAUUCUCUGUGCAGCAAGGAAUCUUGAUGAACACGAAACUAGGGUCAAUCACUUUUUCUCCAGCCACCCUUAGUAUUAUUCCCCUCAUCAUCUUGGUCAUUGUCACACCACUCUAUGACCUUGUCUUCAUUCCUUUUGCCCGUCGAAUAACAGGUCAUGAGCGAGGAAUAACAAUGCUCCAAAGAAUAGGAGUGGGUUUGUUACUAGUCUCUAUGUCAAUGGUAAUAGCUGCCUUAGUGGAGGUAAAGAGAAAAGGUGUGGCAAGAGAUCACGAUAUGAUAGAUACCAACAUACCAAUGGUGAAUCCUUUGCCCAUCAGUGUCUUGUGGCUCGUAUUCCAGUAUGUAGUGUUUGGAGUUGCUGAUCUCUUUACAGUGGUGGGUCUCUUGGAGUUCUUCUACAGCCAAUCUCAUUCAGGAAUGAAGUCCCUGGGAACUGCUAUUACUUGGUGUGUCAUGUCCCUCGGAUAUUUCCUUAGCACAGUGGUGGUCAACAUUGUUAAUAAAGCCAGUGGAGGUUGGCUGGAUGGCAACAAUCUAAACCGUACCCACCUCAAUCUCUUCUACUGGACCCUUGCUGUUCUCACUUUCUUAAACUUCAUUAACUUCAUUUAUUGGGCUCGAUGGUACAAGUACAGGCCAAUUUCUCCCCAACAUAACUCUAAAUCCUCGGCUAGGCUGUCUUUUCAAUUGAAGAGUGCAUUAGUCACGAGUUUAUGUACUAUUGGAGAUGGGGUUGCUGGUGUCGUAGGUAUAACUUUUGUUACCGAUGUUGUUGAUGGGGUUAUUAGCUUUGUUGAUGUUGCUAGUGCUAUUGAUGUUGUUGAUGGGGUUAUCGGUUUUGUUGAUGCUGCUAGUGCUACUGAUGUUGUUAAUGGGGUUAUCAGCUUUAUUGAUGUUGUUGAUGGGGUUAUUGGUGUUGUUGAUGUUGUUGGUGGGGUUUUUGGUGCUAUUGUUGUUGUUGGGAUUGUGGGUGUUGUAGAUAUAGUCAAGGAUUGCAUCCUUGGACUAAUCGGCUAA